AUGGUUCGCGGCGACGGCGAGCUGGAGCUGUCGGUGGGGGUCCGCGGCGCCGGCGGUGGCGGCGGCGCGGCUGCGGCGGACCACGUUGCGCCGAUCAGCCUCCGCAGGCUCAUCCUCGCCGGCAUGGUCGCCGGCGGCGUGCAGUACGGCUGGGCGCUGCAGCUCUCCCUCCUGACGCCCUACGUGCAGACUCUGGGGCUUUCACAUGCCCUCACUUCAUUCAUGUGGCUAUGCGGUCCUAUUGCUGGCUUAGUGGUUCAACCGUUGGUUGGCCUGUACAGUGAUAGGUCUACAGCAAGAUGGGGAAGACGGAGGCCAUUUAUCCUGACAGGAUGUAUGCUCAUCUGCCUUGCUGUCAUUGUUGUUGGCUUUUCGUCAGACAUCGGAGCUGCUCUAGGGGACACAAAGGAACAUUGCAGUCUCUAUCAUGGUCCUCGCUGGCAUGCUGCAAUUGUAUAUGUUCUGGGGUUUUGGCUCCUUGACUUUUCCAACAAUACUGUGCAAGGUCCAGCGCGUGCUAUGAUGGCUGAUUUGUGCGGUCAUCAUGGGCCUAGUGCAGCUAACUCAAUCUUCUGUUCUUGGAUGGCGCUGGGAAACAUCCUAGGCUAUUCCUCUGGUUCCACAAACAAUUGGCACAAGUGGUUUCCCUUCCUCAAAACAAAUGCCUGUUGUGAGGCCUGUGCAAACCUGAAAGGUGCAUUUCUGGUGGCUGUGGUGUUCCUAGUCAUAUGCUUGGCUGUAACCCUGAUCUUCGCCAAGGAAGUACCAUACAGAGGAAACGAGAACCUCCCAACAAAAGCAAACGGCGAGGUUGAAGCUGAGCCUACCGGGCCACUUGCAGUGUUGAAGGGCUUCAAGAAUUUGCCCCCCGGGAUGCCGUCCGUGCUUCUCGUAACUGGUCUCACCUGGCUCUCGUGGUUCCCGUUCAUCCUCUACGACACCGACUGGAUGGGCCGUGAAAUCUACCACGGCGACCCAAAGGGCACCAAUGCUCAGAUCUCGGCGUUCAACGAAGGUGUCAGAGUAGGCGCAUUCGGGCUGCUACUCAACUCGAUUAUUCUAGGAUUCAGCUCGUUCCUGAUAGAGCCCAUGUGCCGGAAGGUCGGGCCGAGGGUGGUGUGGGUGACGAGCAACUUCAUGGUGUGCGUCGCCAUGGCAGCCACCGCGCUGAUCAGCUUCUGGUCGCUCAAGGACUACCACGGAUACGUCCAGGACGCCAUCACCGCGAGCACGAGCAUCAAGGCCGUGUGCCUCGUCCUCUUCGCCUUCCUGGGCGUCCCUCUCGCCAUCCUGUACAGCGUCCCGUUCGCGGUGACGGCGCAGCUAGCGGCCACCAAGGGCGGCGGGCAGGGGCUGUGCACCGGCGUCCUCAACAUCUCCAUCGUUAUCCCCCAGGUGAUCAUCGCGCUGGGCGCCGGCCCGUGGGACGCGCUGUUCGGGAAGGGCAACAUCCCGGCGUUCGGCGUGGCGUCGGGGUUCGCCCUCAUCGGCGGCGUCGUGGGCGUGUUCCUGCUGCCCAAGAUCUCCAAGCGCCAGUUCAGGGCCGUCAGCGCGGGCGGCCACUGA